UAUCCUUUUCAUUGCAGCUAGCGGUGGUGAACAGCGAUUUCAAGCCAUCCCACACUACUCACAAGGUACUCGAUCCCAAUGCUAUAUCACAGAAUCCCGUUGCCUACUAUGCUCCGAUCCGGCUGCAGCAGAUCUAUCAUCAAACCUUCCAUACCAUCUUCAUCCCACGGCAGUGCGCCAUGUCUGCCUUUAACGCCUCCCAGGUUGACCUGAACACGGCGAGCAAAGAAGAUGUACUGUGCUUCCUUGCCCUGUCAGAGAAUGAGUAUAAUGGGCACCUCGGUGCACGCAUUUCUUCAAUCUUUGUGAUCCUAUUCGUCUCCUCCGCGUUUACCUUCUUUCCCGUCGUAGCCAAAAGCUUGCCGUCCUGGAAAAUCCCCUACGGUGUCUACCUGUCCGCCCGUUAUUUCGGUACCGGUGUUAUUGUCGCAACAGCUUUCAUCCAUCUUCUAGACCCAGCAUAUAAGCGAAUCGGACCAAAGACUUGCGUCGGAGAAUCAGGCUACUGGGGCAAAUAUUCAUGGUGUGCGGCAAUCGUGCUAGGCUCAGUCAUGAUUAUCUUCCUCAUGGACCUGGCAGCCGAAGUCUAUGUCGAGCGCAAGUACGGCGUGCACAGGGACGAAGACGCCACAGGGGCAUUCAUUCAAGGGGGACACCAAGGUGCUGAGGCAGUCCACAGCUCGUACGAUCAGGAGAAGUCUAUCCCACUGGGGGAGACAGCGCCCACCUGGAAUUCAGACAGUGAAUCAGCAAUGGCAGAGCGGUCUUUCAAACAACAGAUCGCAGCAUUCCUCAUCCUUGAAUUUGGUAUCAUAUUCCACUCCGUCAUUAUCGGAUUGAACCUCGGCGUCACAGGCUCUGAAUUCGCAACUCUUUACCCAGUUCUGGUGUUUCACCAAUCCUUCGAGGGUCUUGGUAUCGGGGCAAGAAUGUCGGCUAUCCCCUUCGGCAAGCAUACCUGGCUGCCCUGGAUCCUAUGUGCGAUGUAUGGGCUCACUACGCCAAUCUCCAUCGCCAUCGGUCUCGGGGUUCGUACUACAUAUAACCCUGGCUCUAAGGUAGCACUGAUUGUGCAGGGCGUAUUGAAUGCUAUUUCUGCUGGCGUUCUCAUCUACAGUGGACUGGUGGAAUUGUUGGCUCGUGACUUUUUGUUUGAUCCAGAUCGUACUAAGCGUCGGAGCCAGCUAUUGUUCAUGGUCUUUUGUACUCUGCUGGGCGCUGGCAUUAUGGCUCUCAUCGGGAAGUGGGCGUAAACCUGCGUGGACCGGCUUUCCGGGAUUGCUCUUCUUUUCUUAUGUUCUUGAUCGCUUGCCUUACUCACGUAUGCUAUAAUAUCAUGGACUGUCAAGCUUGGCUGCAUAUAAUGGUAGAACACCGAAUGCUACUGGCGAGAAUCAUGGUAUUUCCAUUAGAGGUCUUACAACACCGCUACAGUUGACCUCCAUAAAUGCAUGUUAGCUAAAGGUGCACUUGAUAUACAUUUUUUCCUUUCGACAUCUGUAUAUACAGGAUAACGGCAAGCAUCCUGACGUUGGCUUCCUGUCUCUGGUUUGACUAGGACUUAUUCUCAGUUUUUUUUGGUGCUUUCGUAUUACUCAGUUGAACGGGUUGAGGUGGAUCACACAAGGCCUCAUUGACUCUUGAGGGUGGUAUUUGGCUUACCCACUAAAAGGGAGAAAUGUG